GACCUUCACGCGACAUUCAAAACAGAUAAAGUCCACUGAAGAGCGCCCAGAGAAAAACAUUACAUUCGUUCGUUAGCAGUCUUCCAGAAAAGCAAGUUAUUCGAUCCAUUUUUGUAUUGUGCAGUGCAGUUCGGAACUCCAUACAGGCAGUUCGAUAAUAGAAGUGAUAAGAGAUUGGCCGCAGGGUUCAAUAUGGCUAUAACAGUUGCUACCGUUGCCACCGCUCCCUUCGAGGGGCAGAAGCCCGGCACCAGCGGACUGCGAAAAAAGGUCAAAGUUUUUACCCAGAAAAACUAUACGGAAAACUUCGUGCAGUGCAUUCUGGACGCCAAUGGAGGUGCCCUGGCGGGAUCGACACUGGUCGUUGGAGGCGAUGGGCGGUAUUUCUGCCGAGAGGCGUGUGAGCUGAUUGUCCGGAUGUGCGCCGCCAACGGGGUGGCCAAGGUCCUGGCUGGGCAGAACGGAAUUCUGUCGACACCGGCCGUGUCAAGCUUGAUCCGUCGGCACAAGGCUCUUGGCGGAAUCGUCAUGACUGCGUCGCACAAUCCGGGUGGCCCGGAGAAUGAUUUCGGAAUUAAGUUCAACUGCGAGAACGGGGGACCAGCUCCCGAUCACUUUACUAACAAGAUUUACGCUUUGUCCGGGGAGAUCAAGGAGUACAAGAUAGCGGAAGGGCUGGAGAUUGACGUUUCGAAGACGGGCGUCAACAGCUACGAGGUCGGCGGUAAGCCCUUCGUUGUGGAGGUGAUUGAUUCCGUUGCCGAUUAUGUUUGCUUGAUGAAGGAGAUUUUCGACUUUGAAAAGUUGAAGGACUUUGUCAGUGGCAAAUCGAGGAAUGGCCAGCCACUAAAGAUGCGGAUCGAUUCCAUGAAUGGCGUCACCGGAAGUUACGUCGAAGAGAUCUUUGUCAAUUGUCUGGGGGCAUCGAAGGACGGAGUGGUUCACACGACUCCCCUGCCGGACUUUGGAGGAUUGCAUCCGGAUCCGAAUCUCACCUACGCCAAGGAUCUGGUUGAGGCCGUCCGCAGUGGAGACUACGAUAUAGGAGCGGCCUUUGACGGUGACGGCGAUCGGAACAUGAUCAUCGGUCGCAAUGCGUUCUUUGUUACGCCGAGUGAUUCGCUGGCAGUCAUUGCCCACUACCUCGAGUGCAUUCCGUACUUCAAGAAGAAUGGAGUCACCGGUCUGGCCAGAAGUAUGCCAACCGCUUCCGCCGUAGAUCUGGUAGCCAAGGCACUGAACAAGGAACUCUUCGAAGUCCCAACCGGUUGGAAGUACUUUGGAAACCUGAUGGACGCGGGUCGGUUGUGCCUCUGCGGAGAGGAAAGCUUCGGCACCGGUUCGGAUCACAUUCGUGAAAAGGACGGUAUCUGGGCUGUUCUGGCGUGGUUCUCUGUCCUCGAACACACCGGAAAAAGCGUUGAGGAAAUCUGCGUGGAGCACUGGAAGCGCUAUGGCCGUAACUAUUUCACCCGUUACGACUACGAGGAAUGCGACCUGGCACCGUGCAAUGAAAUGAUGGCCACCCUCGAAAAAACCAUCACCGUUCCGUCCUUCGUCGGCAAAGAGUUCUCCUCCGGGGGUAAAACCUACGCCGUCAAGCUGGGAGACAACUUCAGCUACAACGACCCCAUCGACAAAUCCGUGUCCACCAAGCAGGGCCUCCGGAUUGUGUUCACCGAUGGAAGCCGCGUGGUGAUGCGCCUCAGCGGUACCGGAAGCUCCGGAGCCACCGUUCGACUGUACAUCGAUUCCUACGAGAAGGACAACGUGCUCGGACAGGCGUCCGUCAUGUUGAAACCCCUGAUCGACAUUGCCCUGGAAAUCUCCAAACUGCCCAGCUUCACCGGCCGCAAUGCGCCAACCGUCAUCACGUAAGAAAUUCGCUGGAUGUCUUUCAGGAGAUCGGCUAAGGAGAAGCAGAGCUUUGACACACAUGAGCCGUUCGUUAUCAAGCCAUACGCGAACGGUUAUCAGUUCUGUUUGUAGAAAUUUAAACUAAGCUAGCACCAAAGUGUCAUCAUCAUUAUCGUUCUUGUUUAGGUUCCUUAUGGCCUCGUUCAGAUUGUAGAAAUUCAAAUAGAAGUCAUUGUUUAUGCAUUUUCUUUAAGUUUUGUUAUUGUGACUGUAUGCGUUUUAGUUCGAAUAUUUAGAAAAGUUCAAAUAAAGUUGAAACACAUUUUAGUAUCCCA